AUGUCCGAUUGGACCACACCGACCUAUUUGCUGCCAGACAAAACUGCCACCACGGGUACCCCUGCCUUAGUGACCUUCGCGGGUGAGGUGUGGUGCUUCUGGGUACAUGGAAAGCUUAACAACAUUUCGUACACUGCGACCACCAGAACUGGGUGGACAGAGCCAACUAUUGUAGACAAUAGCAUUCGCGACCCAGAUACCAGGGAGAUCGCAUCGGGUGCCAUCACGCCUUAUCAGGUACAUGCUACCAGAUCGGGUUCAGGCAAGCCACUGCUUGCAGCCGCAUCGGCAGGGGCCAUUUUGCACUUGAUGUUCACAUCAACAACAAAGAGCAAAGAUGAAGAAGAUCAAUCAUAUCUCUACCAUUUAGUAUAUAAUGCUGAACUCAAGACGUGGGGCCGUCCCGCCAGGCCAGCUGACGGGCGCGGGGUUCUUAUGGAUGUCGACCCAACUCUGCUGCCACAUUCUGGUCCCCUUGCCCUCGGAAUUACCGACGGAUUGAAUCUUUUGCAUCUCGGAAAUGAACUUCAAGUCGCAUGGCUGGAUGCAGAUGGGACUCGACGAGCCUCGGUCUACCAAGAUUACGCUUGGAAAGAUGUCACAUUGUCGAACAACGAAGGCAUUGUCAAGCCCGUAUCAGCCAUGGCUACAUUAUCUGAACGAUGUGUCAGUCAUGUGUUGGCAUUCAGUUCGGAGACACAGCCGAAACUCAUUGACUUCAUUGCGGCCAUUGGGUCUGGGAAGGCGCCUGCCGCACCCGAAGUUCGACAAGAUGGGAUUCCAAGCGGCUUUUCGACCAGUGAAAUUUCAGCUUGCAGUUUCCAGGAGAUAGGAUUCUACGCUCUGCUUGAUCCCUCUACAGGGAAGUUUAAGCUCUUCGAGUUUAGUGACAAGAGCAAGCCGAGAGAGUAUCCGGGUCCUGAGCCCGCAAUAUCCGACACUGUUCCAGCAAUCGAAGUGGCCAAGAACAAAUUCUAUUGUGUGUGGACGGACCGAAAGAAGAAGACCCUGCUCUUUUCAGUGAAGCCUUCGCUGGUCAUAGCAGGAACCAUGGACCGGUGGAUGACUUAUUUGCCCAGCGACACGCGUAUUUCGCGGCUCACGAUCCCCGGGACUCAUGACAGCGGCGCUAUGAGCAGAAUUCCAUUUGUAGGGUGUCAAAUGACGACAAUCAGACAGCAACUUGAGAGUGGAAUCCGGUACUUCGACUUGCGAGGAGGCUACGGCUUGCGUGGGGAGUAUACAUACCCCGUUGUUCAUCACAAUGUAGUACCCAUACUUGUCAAGACGCUAGGAUCCAACCUCUACGAUAUACCAAGCUGGUUUGACGGGCUAAAGGUUGAAGAUGUUUUCAACACAUUCUAUCAAUUCCUCAAGGACAACCCAGGAGAGGGCCUGAUAGUUCAGAUCAAACGCGAUGAGCUCGACAUAGAGAACAAAUUACACGAUGACGAGAUCCUUAUCCAGUUCGCAAAUGAUAUCUGGGCUCUAACACAGAAGGAAGAGGCUGGCGGCUGUUGGAUCGUCGAAAGUGGUAAAAUUCCUACCCUGAAAGAACUCCGCGGCAAAAUACAACUAGUACGCAGAUUUGUUGAAGGUAUGGUUGUGCCCGAUCAACGUCCAGAGCAGCGCAAGAAGAGCUACGGGGUACCAGUCUUGCUACAGUGGCAGGACAAUGCCAAAGACACGGCCCUUCGUCCAACAAAUGGCGUCAACGUUCGGCUGCAGGAUUAUUUUGACCUUUCGUGGAAAGAAACAGGCCUGAAUCCGACGAGAGAGAAGUGGAACGUAAUUCGGCCAAUGUUAAAUGCAGCAUGGCAAGCUGGGCAAUCCGUGGGUCAAGGACAGGUGCAGAACAGUGGCAGUACAGAGGAUACCUGGUUCCUCAAUUUCGCGAGUGGUGUGCAGGCUCCAAAGAAAGGUGCAUCAAUAUCCAAUGUCAUUGGUAGUGUAGUAAGUAUUAUCAAGGGUCAGGCGCACAGCAUCGCCACCGGUUUCUGGUUCAACAAUUGGUUCCCCAUCGUCGACCCGUAUGGAAUUAACGCCAUGUUGUUGGACUAUUUUAACGAUCCAAUUCGACAAAAAGGGGGCUACGGCACCAUUGUGAUGGACUUCCCUGAGCAACCUUCUGAUUUGGUCCCGGCUUUGGUUCGCACAAACUUCACUAACUAG